AUGGAAGAAUGGUUUGACAGUGAUGCCCGCAGUCGAGGAAUCAAACGUACGAACCAUCCGACGAGUGAACCUAGAAGCGAGCCAGGGGGUAAUGUUCAAUUGGGAGAUCCAAUAAUUGAGAAGGCCCAGAUAGCCACCCAGAAAGCAAGAACUCGAAUGAUGCAGAAAUAUUCAAAGAGGCAAGAUAUCCAACACUUUAAAGUAGGGGAUACAGUCUCUUUAAAGGUUCCCAGAGAGGAUAGGACCUCAACAGAUAACAGACGCAUAUUUGGGCGUAUACUGGAUGAACCCUACCCUCAUAGGUACAAAGUUCUAACACAUUCAGGGAUAAUCCAACGUCUAGUUCCCACUAAGGGAUUAGGAGCUGUUGAUAAAGCUCUCUGGUCGGAUAUUUUUAUUCCUGAAUCCACGAAGGAAGUUUCACUUGGACUGGCAGCCAGGGAAGCUUCUACAAGCGCAAGGGAAGGAAUUUCAUGCCAGUGCAAGGGAUUAUGCAACACAAAGAGGUGCAGGUGUUAUAAAGAAGAUAAGAAGUGCAGUAUACACUGCCAUAGAGAUGAUCACGACUGCGGAAGUUUAUCCGGCUUAGCUAUACGGACUGAAACUGCCUUGGUGGAACGGUCGCGCAGGAAGCGGGCUAGAACUGUUAUCAUAGAGAACUCGGCUAUUUAG